AUGACGAGAGACCGCUUUGCGGCCAAUCCGUUUCCAGACGUUCAUGUGUCCGAAUUGGAACGACAAGAGCUGAUCGAACUCGUCGCUGUUUACGUGGAAGAUUACAUCAAGAAGUACGAAGAGUUUGUUCAAGUUCACAAGCGUAAAGUGGACAAGCAACGCUGGAGACAUGUCAGAUCAAAGGCCAAUCUACACGUGUACGCAGAACGAACUCGAAAGGAACUUAAACGACGUGGUAUUGAGCCGGAGAACUCGCUAAGUGCGACUCAGCGUCUACGAACUACUUCCCCGGCAAAAGAUCUACCGUUAUUUCUGAGCGUCGGGACAUUCGUCGGUGAACUAGACGACCUCAUGUAUGGAGUCGUGAACCCGACGUUGAGUGAUAUGCGUAUUAAAGCCUCGUACGUCCAUGAUAUCAAUAGUGCUGCAGUGUUAUGUCCGGUAGUAGGACCCAGUAAGGAUGAUCCGUUCCGGUCUAUUGUGAUCAAGUGGAUGACAGUCGACGUGCCGCUGCACUCCACGCACCUAGUAAAGAGCCGUGACUUCGUGUAUAUCGAGGCAACUGGCACGGUAUUCCUCUCGAAUGGCGACCGCGUGGGCUACCAUUUACUACACUCUAUCGAUUUCCCACAAACCACUCCCUUACCCAACAAGAUCCGAGCGAAUUUGUCACUCUUUGGAUGUUUUAGGCAGCUCAAGAAGAACGUUGUUGACAAUUUCGCAUGCGCCACAAUCGAUCCGGGAGGUGACAUGAGGCGUUCGCUCUUGCUUUCUGUAGCGGCCGGUGCGAUGCUUUCAGCAACCAAUUACGUCUACUGUGGACAGAUGAAGAAGCUGGCGUGGAUGUUACAGCGAUGUGUGGUAUGCUCGAAGAAAACGACCAGUGUCAUUGGGAGCAUUGGGAAGAGCACGUGCAAAAUCUGCUACGGUGGUGUGUGCUACUCAUGUAAGAUUCGACAGAACAUCAGCUUCAUUGUAGCAGGAGGCAAGCUGAUUCAGCGCAAGGUCGUCGUCUGUGCCAAGUGCGGACCAAAUUACAGACUUCGAAGCUUGUAUGAGCGACCAAGGGUGUACGAGCUACGAGGCUUGCACGGUAUCGUGUGA